AUGGCGUCCGAAUUUCUCCAAAACGUGCCCCUUCCGACCCUCGAUCGGCCCUUUGGCGUUCACCUGUGGCCCAUCUUCGACAAGACGUAUGAGCUGGUGAUGGGCUAUCCCGCCAGCCAAUUCGAGUUCGUCGGGGGGGUGACCCCUCUUUCCACCUUCAAGGAGACCGCCACGCUUCUUGUCGCCUACUAUACCAUUGUUUUCGGUGGCCGGGAGGUUAUGAAGAACUUCCCUGCGCUCAAGCUAAACACGUUGUUCAUGAUCCACAACUUUCUCCUGACUGUCUUCAGUGGCAUUCUGUUGGCCCUGUUCGUCGAGCAGCUUCUGCCAACCCUCUGGAGACAUGGCGUCUUCUACUCCAUCUGUGACCACCGUGGUGGAUGGACCCAGCCCCUCAUUGUUCUGUACUACCUCAACUACGUCAACAAGUACAUCGAGUUCCUCGACACCGUCUUCCUGUUCCUCAAGAAGAAACCAUUGACAUUCCUCCACACCUACCACCAUGGCGCCACCGCUCUCCUUUGCUACACCCAACUGAUUGGCCUGACCGCGGUGUCGUGGGUGCCUAUCACUAUCAACCUGCUGGUUCAUGUUGUGAUGUACUGGUACUACUUCCAGAGUGCCCGUGGCAUCCGUAUCUGGUGGAAGAAGUACAUUACUAUGCUGCAGAUUGUGCAAUUCGUCAUUGACCUUGGCUUCAUCUACUUCGCUUCGUACACCUACUUCUCUUCGGUCUACUUCCCGUGGGCCCCGAACAUGGGCAAGUGCGCGGGUGAGGAGUUUGCCGCUCUGGCUGGUAUUGGAAUCAUCACCUCGUAUCUGCUCCUGUUCAUCUCGUUCUACAUUGCCACCUACAAGAAGACCGCCAAGGUUGGACGCCCCCGCCGCAACACUGGCAAGGACUCCUUGAUCGACAUGAAGAACUACGAGGUUCCUUCUGUCGCUGGUGCUCAAACCCCCGGUGGUGCCAAGGCUUCCAACGGCAACGCCGCCUCUACGGGUCGGUCGAACGGCCCCGUCACUCGCUCCCGCAAGGCGUAA